UAAAUUUAGGACCGUGACACCGACACGUAAACGCAGCACGCCCGAAGCAAGGGGGCUGAACAACAAUGGCGAGGCCUCUUCGCAAAAAAAUUAGGUUUCAACCCAAAACACAUUAACUGGCCAAAGGGACUUCCUUCAGCCAAGAGUGCUUCAUUCAUCGUACUUUUCACUCCUUACCUUUUGGAGUCAACUUCCGGCGUCGCGACGCACUUCCGUGGACGUCUAGAAGAACAGGUCUCGUGAGUAGUGACGUCUAACUAAACUGCAUUGUUUCUGUGGAGAGUAUAUUGACCUUCCUAGAUGCCAUUCUGUCCGAUAAACACAGAUGGAUGUAACCCAUGGAAGAUGCAUGCUGCAGAAAAUAAACCAGGGAAAACCCUGAACCGAACGACAGAACCCGAUACGAAGGAUGAGAAAGCCAAACAAUGGGAGAAAGUGCUGACAUGUAGAAAUGUUACAAUAGCGCCGACUUCCAGGUGUCUGAAUAACAGGUGCUAUGUGAUCAGAAAGCCUCUGUUCUCCAUCGAACAACCAUCCAUUUUAAAGAAGACUCAUCAAAAUAAGCACACACAGAAGGAGAAAUAUGCAUAUAUAGGUGACAAGAGAAUGGAUGAAGAUCAGCAUUCCACCAACACGAAUUACCAGAUUAUGUCAGAAGAGGACUCAGUGAGCUACAGCUUCUGUCCCAGCAAUACCUCUGUUUACUCAAACUUGAAAGCAACAUGCGGCUCACCGCUGGCUAUCUCAGAGCUCAGAGGCUGCACUGAAUACGAAGAACCUUCCUUUUCUCCACUUAUUUUCCCUAGAAGAAGACCAAUUAAGUGCAGCUUCUCCAGUUCCUUCCUUGAGCUCCAGAAAAUGGAGCGUCCUCUAAGGCCGCAAAUGGCAUCUACUGGUCACAACCCCACCUACACACCACGCUCUAUUCGUUCUUACUCCAACAGUCGCCAAACAGAGCUCAAAAGACCUUCUUUAGAAGUGUCGUCAAGUAGACAAGAUAUGUCCUUAUAUGAAGCAAACUAUUGGGACUGUGCUAUCCCUAAGUCUAUGCACCCAAUCUCAAAUAGGCAGACUGCAGACUGGAAUCCAAACAGGGAGUACCAAGCCCUACUCGACUACACCUACCCUCUCAGGCCUGGACAGGUUGACAGUGAAUGGGAUAACUUUGACCGCCACGGAGGUUCUCUCCAAAAAACAGACCUGAACUUGCAAGAUUCUGGAAUUGAACUGGACAACUGUUGUAGCUUUACCAGCCUGUCUGGAUUGAACUUUAGCCCAAGCAGCAACAUACAAACAAAAAUGUUGGAAACGCUGAGUGGUGAUCAGAAAAUCCGUUCCUCAGAUCUGCACUCAUUUACGCAAUCUGCUGGGGUGUCUUUGGACAGUUUGGACUUUGGUACAAGCAAAAACUUAGUGAAUUGUCACCAGGAUGGAGGUCAGCUUCAAUAUUCACAACCCUCAUCCACCAGUGCUUUAAUCCGUACAACAAGUGUUCUUCCUCAGUCCAAUUGUGUUGGUGGGGACAGUUUGGACUUUGGUACAGGCAAAGACGUAGUGAAUUGUCACCAGGAUGGAGGCCAGCUUCAAUAUUCACAACCCUCAUCCUCCAGUGCUUUCAUCCGUACAACAAGUGUUCUUCCUCAGUCCAAAUGUGUUAGUGGGGACUUAGACAAUGAGUUCUGGUGUCUGCCAGAUCAGCUACAGGAGCCGCUGUUCCUCUCCAGACAGGUGAAGGACUUGACAGCCAGGCUUGGUCUUCCUGUCACAGCCAGCUGGGGGUCUUUGGAGUCAGAUACAGCUUCCAUCUUCAACACAUUAACGCUACCUGUGAAGAAUUUGGUCAAAGAGGUAGAAGAAAGCAAUAAGAAUGUGAACGUAGAUGAAAGGAGUGUGACUGAAUCAGUGAGAAGUUCCAGGCCGUGGAUGGAGUCUGAUGGAGGAGGACUGACCCAUGGCAGUAUCCAGGAUGUGGAAAACUUGGUAGAGCAACUGUGUGGUCUCACUCUGAGUGACACCCAGAGGACCAUGCUGGUGGAACAGGACCAUAAUUCUUCUUUAAUACAACAGAUCUAUAUCUUCUCCUCGCUCUUAGAGCAGCAUAUCUGCUGGCUCUACAUGCUUUCUGAUAAGAUGGACGUAUUGGCUGCACCCACUGACGACGUGAAGAGGUUACUUGCUGAACAACAGCAAGAGGUGAGCGUUCAUCAGCCGCUGAUAUCUCGUGUUCUGCACACAGGUGAGCAGCUCCUCAGCUCCAUGGAGGCCACCUGUCCAGUGUUAGGAAACACUUUGAUGUUAAUCCAGAAGCAUUUUGGAGGCUUGAAGGACCAAAUUGAACUUUUUUUACCCUCCAAGCGAUCCAACAAGGACGAUCUGACUCAGCGCAGCGAUACAGCCUAGCGGGACCAACGGAACGAUACAUGGCGCUCCUCAGGGAUUUCCCCUACUUUUUCAAAACAUACAAAGUCAACAAAAAAGAAGCGCUUAGUCUGUGUAGAGGAAGAUAAUGGAAAACAACUGUGUGACGAGGAAGAAGAUGAUUUUGUGUCUUUUCCUGCCCACAUAAAUUAAGUAGCUCAAACAAAGAGGGCGUAAAAGUGGAAAACCGGUCGCAUUGCCUUUGCGGUCCCAUUUGAAAAGAUCAGAUUCCAAACGGAUUUAGACUACCUGCUGAUGUGGUGCAAAUCUGGUGCUAAAAUAUCAGAUUUGAAGUACUAUAGAGUAGCUUAUCUGUUUCACCUGAGCGCAAGAACUCUGAUUUGUGUAAACCGAGCCAGUGUUGCUGAUACCAGCACUGAUACUUUUACUUGACAUUUUUCAAGAUCCUUAUUCAUUUUGUAAUUUUGCCUGAACUUUGUCGAUUAUGAGGCACACAAAAAUGUUUGUAUGACCAAAUACUGUCACGGAUAAACAGUAAAUCCAUAUAAAUAUUUUUUACAAUUUCAGGACUUUAUAUACUCCAAUUACCGUAUUUUUUUUGUUAUUGUUUACUUGUGAAAAGGGAAGGUGACAAGCUAAAUAUUUAGCCUUUAGCCUGGCCGUCAAGCUCGCAAUACAACGGCGCUUCCAUCUGUUGUGGCUCCGCCUCCAUCUCUUCUAAAGCCACAAGGCCGUCCUGCUCGCUUGUCUUUAAUGUUGCGUUAACAUAAUUCCCACUGCUUGCCUUACAUUUACAAUAAUUCAUUAACUUGUUGUUACCUUGCUAAACGUUUUGAUAAUUUUAAAAAAGUUGAACAUAGCCACUCAAAGCACCGCCAUCUUGCACCUAUGUCAUGUUGCAACGUAAACAUUAGAUGCGUGAUUAUGCCGUUCCUUUAAUUCCUUAUUAUAACGUAUUCAUACAUUACCGACCUGUGGUGAAUAAAAGGCCUACUUUCACAGAAAAAGGGCACGAACUGGCAGGAUUUCCUACAAAUAAAAAAUAAAAUUGUUGACCCAAAA